GGGUGACAUCUAUACAGGGCGCAGGCAUAAUCAGCUUGGAUUUUCCGACCGUGGUCAAGGCAGUGUUUAACCUCAAAAAAAAAAAUAAAAAAAUGCUGAGCUUUAAGCAACAUCGAAAAGAAAUCGGGAAAACUGGUGCCACAAAGUUUGGAUCCGCGGCAGUUGCUUGCGUCCUUGUACCGACUGGAAAGUCAUUAAACUCGGCGAGUAAUCUCAGCAUGGACCGCCCUGCUACAGUACAUCACUAUCGGGCCGGUCUGCUACUGAGCGGUGCCGGAGACGCUCUUGGCUACAGGAACCAGCUGUGGGAAUACAACGAGUCCGGCCCGGCCAUCCACCAGGAGCUACAGGAACUGGGAGGUCUAAACAGCAUCACUGUUAAACUGCCUGAUUGGCCGGUUAGUGAUGACACAGUCCUUCAUCUGGCCACUGCUGAAGCUUUAGCUACAGGAAAGGAAGGGGAGGAGCUUCUGCAGGAAGUGGCUUACCGUUAUGUGGAGGGGAUGAAGGACAUGGAGGGGAGGAAACCAGGACCCUCCAGCAUUCUAGGUGUGUCUCAGUUAAAGCCAGGUACUAAAGGGGGAUACAGAAUAUUUUAUAAUCCUGAAGGCACAGGAUGUGGGGCUGCCAUGAGGUCCAUGUGCAUUGGUUUGAGGUAUCCUCAGCCGGAGCAGCUGUCCUUAUUGGUCGCCGUUGCCGUGGAGACGGGGAGAAUGACUCACCCUCAUCCAACCGGAUUCCUUGGUGCUGUGGCUUCAGCGCUGUUUGCAGCCUACGCCAUCCAGCGACGUCCAGUCACAAGCUGGGGGCUGGGCUUAGUGAAAGAAGCCUGUCCAAUAGCGAAGGAGUUUGUGAAGUCUGCAGGAUAUGCUGUCAGUGAAACGGAGAGAGACUGGGGAUACUUCACUGAAAAAUGGGAAUGGUAUUUACAGCUCAGAGGUUUGUCAUCAGGGGAGGGGCCUGUGGUCUGGCCUGAACAGUAUGGGCCUGCUGAACGUGAUGAGAUUUAUAAAAGCUUCAGCCUCUCUGGAUGGGCAGGGCGCAGUGGUCACGAUGCACCAAUGAUAGCUCUGGAUUCCCUUCUGGGGGCGGGCUCAAACUGGGAGGAGCUAAUGAAUCGAGCAGGAUUCCAUGGAGGAGACAGCGACAGCACCGCUGUGAUCGCUUGCUGCUGUUGGGGCCUGCUGUACGGAACAGAAGGGGUUCCGGAGUGUAACUAUAGCAACCUGGAGUACAGGGACCGGCUGGAGAACAGUGCGGAGAAACUGUAUGAGCUGUCGCACUGAAACUGAAAGCGGAAAAUUUAAGCAGCCCUUAACAUCAUGGCCACGCUUAACUCAUUGUGAGAAUGGUGAUGCAUCUCGUACUGAGGAAACCAGCAAGAAGACUCCCUAUGACUUGGUAGAGAAAACUGUAUGUGCAGAAAAAUACACCACAGGCAUUUAAUUGGCAAGUUUCUCUAAACAACAGGUGCUCUUUAUCAUUUAAUCUUUUGACCUCAAAAGAACCAAAAGCAGAAAAGUGUGAAGUAAUAAAAUCUGAUUUGUGGAAGACAAACACUAGUCACUGCCCAGCUCUAAUCUUCACAUGCUAAUGAAGCUCUCAAUUAAGAGUUGAGCAAAUCUGGUGAAAAAAUUCUGUAACUCAUUUGUUUUGAUUUAAAUUUUGUAAUUUACACUUUAAACUGAUUUUUAAAGACUUUAAAAUGUGAAUGACACAGCUAAUGUAAAUGGUUCCUGUAAAUAAACUAAAUUAUGUUGUCAGAACAUUCACUACCACUCCGACUGUUCAGACAGCUCAUAUGAAAUAGUCAUACUGAAAUAGUGUCAUACUAAAAUCUACAGUGCACACUGUGUUGUAGGUUUGGUUUUUAAAUGGGUAUGACUGCCAUUUUUUCCCAAUCACCUAUAAUGAUGAAGUGAAAACAUGGGUUAAUACACUUUUGAAAA